AUGUGUGGAAAGAUGUGUGGAAAGAUGUGUGGAAAGAUGUGUGGAAAGAUAUAUGGAAAGAUGUGUGGAAAGAUGUAUGGAAAGAUGUAUGGAAAGAUGUGUGGAAAGAUGUAUGGAAAGAUGUAUGGAAAGAUGUGUGGAAAGAUGUGUGGAAAGAUGUGUGGAAAGAUGUGUGGAAAGAUGUAUGGAAAGAUGUAUGGAAAGAUCGGUCUUACCGCCAAACGGGGCUCCGUAUCCCCAGGCUGUGGCUCUAAC